AGGAAGAUCCGCGACCCCGGCGACCCCACGACCUCAGAGCCCUCGUGCCCACAGGAGGAAGCGAACAGAACGGAAGAACGAGUAGAGGACCAGUGACGCACUCCCUUCGUACAUAGCCGUGAUCACCCUUCACCCCUUUUGGAUCUUUGCCAGUCCGAAGCAACAACUUCUUUCCCUGCAGAAUCAACUCAGCUUCCGAUUCCGACCUUCGACGCCUUCUAGGCUAGCCUAGCGUUAGGUCGACACGAUGUUUGGGGUCAACACGAGGUUCUUCAUAUCGUCAGUGGGGAAGAAGGGGAAGCAGGGAGUGCAGUUAGCCAGUGGGAUGGUGGAUGGAUCACUUGGCAAAUGGGAUAACUUGGGUCAGCCACCCAUCUUGAAUCUUCAGUCCUCAAGGAAAUUCCAUGAAGUGGCUGGCGAUAAUGUCUGCCCCUCCCAGGUCCGAGGGCUUGACUACCUCAGGGAUCCACGGCUCAACAAGGGGAUGGCAUUCACAUUGGAGGAGAGGCAGCGACUGGGGAUCCAUGGCCUCCUCCCACCUCGAUUCAAGACCCAGGAGGAGCAAGUGGAACUUUGUAAACGAAACUUGAAUCGAUACCAGGAAGACCUGAACAAAUACGUUUACCUUGCUGGGCUUCAAGACCGGAAUGAGAGGCUCUUCUAUCGACUGCUGUCAGAGAAUGUAGAGGAGAUGAUGCCCAUCGUCUACACCCCAACUGUCGGCCUGGCCUGUCAGAAGUUUGGGGUCAUCUAUCGACGUCCCCGGGGUCUCUUUAUCACCAUCAAUGACCGGGGACACGUCUAUGACAUCCUUCGCAAUUGGCCAGAAAGUGAUGUGAGAGCAAUUGUGGUGACGGAUGGAGAAAGAAUCUUGGGUCUUGGAGACUUGGGUGCCUAUGGCAUGGGAAUCCCUGUUGGAAAAUUGGCCCUUUACACUGCUCUUGGUGGCAUCAAACCUCACCAAUGUCUCCCCGUUGUUUUGGAUGUUGGCACCAACAACCAGACCUUAUUGGAUGACCCAGUCUACAUUGGGUUGAGACAAAAGCGAGCUACAGGAGAAAUGUAUGAUGCAUUCAUAGAUGAAUUCAUGGAGGCUGUUGUCUCACGAUAUGGACAAAAUACCCUCAUCCAGUUUGAAGAUUUUGCAAACCACAAUGCAUUUCGUUUUCUGGCAAAGUAUCGGGAGAAAUUCUGCACAUUCAAUGAUGACAUUCAGGGAACAGCCAGUGUGGCAGUGGCUGGUAUCCUAGCCUCUCUUCGCAUCACCAACAUCCCUCUCUCCAAGAACAAGUUUCUAUUCCAGGGAGCUGGAGAAGCCUCAAUAGGGAUUGCAAAUCUAAUUGUGGCUGCAAUGGAGGAAGAAGGGCUGAGUCAAGAGGAAGCAAGGUCACAUAUAUGGCUGGUAGACUCGAAAGGAUUAAUUGUGAAGAAUCGAACAGAGGGUGGUGUUGCAGGGCACAAGAUCCCUUAUGCCAAAGAUCACCCUCCUGUGAAGAGUCUUGAGGAUGCUGUGAACACUGUGAAACCCACCUGCCUCAUCGGUGCAGCUGCAAUUGGAGGCGUGUUUACACCAUCUCUGCUGAAAAGUAUGGCUUCAUUCAAUGAGAAGCCCAUUAUAUUUGCUCUAAGCAACCCCACCUCGAAAGCAGAAUGCACUGCAGAAGAUGCCUACAUUAAUACAGAUGGACGGUGUGUGUUUGCAAGCGGAAGUCCAUUUGAUCCUGUCACAUACAAGGGCCAGACAUUCUACUCGGGUCAAGGAAACAAUUCUUACAUCUUCCCUGGAGUUGCCCUUGGGGUGAUAUGCUCUGGACUUCAUCAUAUCAGUGAUAACAUCUUUCUUAUGGCUGCUCAGAAACUAGCAUCUCUAGUCACAGAAGAUGAUCUCAGAAUUGGCAGAGUAUAUCCCUCAUUGAAGACAAUUCAGAAUGUGUCCCUCAAGAUUGCUGCAUACAUCACUGAGCAUGCCUAUGCCAAAAGGUUGGCAUCCACAUAUCCAGAACCAGUGAACAAGGAGGCAUUCAUCCGCUCUCAGCUCUAUGAUACUCAUUACUUGCAUGCCCUUCAACAGACAUAUAAAUGGCCCAACUUAGAGCGCUGAAUCCUACUGGUUCUUUUUGCUUUUUUUUUUUUUUUAGCCUAAAG